AUGGCGCGUCGCACGUGGCUGCCGCUGGCGGUCGUCGCGGCGGCGGCGAGCGCCGACCUCCUUCUCGGCGUGUUUGUGCCGUCACUCAGCGACACACAGCUCCAGAGCGCAGUUCAGGAAGCCAUCGCAGACGCACGCGCGUCCUUUCUACCCAACCGAACCGUGACGCCUAUCUUUCUCGAGACACGCUGCUCGGACGCGGGUGCGCUCGCCGCGUGGCGACAGCUGCCCAAUGUCAGCGCAAUCUUUGGGCCGAUUUGCGCCUCGUCGUCGUGUGCACUCGUCGACUCGCUGCUUCAGCUCGAGCGCCCGACGGCCGCGCAUGUCCAUUAUGGCUGCAGCGGCUAUACAUGCGCGUCAGGUACCACAGCGCUGCAGAUCGCGCCGAGCGACGAGUUCAAGCUCCGCGCUGUCGCCGCACUUGCGUCACACUAUCGUCAGUCGAGUGCGGCGAUCGCCUACGUCAUUUCAACGUCCAGCUCGUUUUACCCGCUGUUGCCGCUGCUCUUGAACGUCAACGCGGGCAUUGCAAGCCAUCUCUACGUGUACGACACCCCGUCGUCCCUCAGCAGCGUCUUGACGCUUGUGCAAUCGUCGCAGCCACAGCUCGCGAUGCUGGUUUUUGAUGGCGCCGAGACGUCACCCGCAUCAAACCUAGCCUUUGUCGCAGCGGCCAACACCUUCUUUGCGGCGACCGUCGGCAUAGCCUUUGUGGGCUUGAGCAUCGACGUCAAGAUGCUCCACAUGGUGUCUCCGACGCCAUUGACCAUCACCGUGCUCUCAAUCACGAUGCCCACAACGCAUAUCGCGGCCGCCAACACAUCGCUCGCGCCACCGCUCUCGUGGUCGCCCGCCUCUGUCGCCAACGCAUCGACCACGUCGACCGUGCAUCUCUUGUACGACGCCACGUAUGCAUACUUGCGGCACCAGACCAAUGACGUGUCGUCGUCAGCGCCUUUCAUCGGUCGGACAGGCCUCGUGCAGUAUCUAUCCGGCACAUCGCAUGUGCGAGCCCCCGCUUUCGACCUCGACGUGCUCGUCGCCGGUACGCUUGCGACGGUCGGCAACUUUAGCUAUGAAAAAACAUCCGGAAGUAUGGUCUUCACGCCGAGAGCCGUCAACUUCAACUGGGCGCCCGUCACAUGGUCGGCCACGAAUUCGCCGUCGCUCUUGCCGUAUGGCCCCGCCGUGCUUGGCAUGAUUUGCAUUUUAAGUGCGUGCAGCUUCAUCUUGCUCGUGCGCAUGUUCUUCUCGCAGAGCUGCCUCGCCGCGCGCGUCUUUACCGGCUUUUCCAAACAAGAAAAGAGUGGCAUCGAAGACCCGACGCAGACGCAGAUGGUCGUGACCAACCUUGAGAAGCGCGCGGCCGAGCGCCGCGUACAGCUCGUGCUCGGCCUCCAAACGCUCCUGGACAUGACGCAGCUCGUCGCCGAGCUGGUGGCGUAUUUCAUGUACGUCAUGGUGUACGACACCAACGUCGGCCGCAUCGCACUCUACUCAAUGGGCCUCGGCAUCGAGCUCGCGUCCCUUCCAUCGCUCCUGCUUUUGCGCGUGCCAAUCUUCUUUCGCCACUCGCCGUGGCCGUGGGUACUCAACACGACGAAAAUCAAGCCGACCGAGGCCGGUCCGGCGCUAAAUCCCGGGGAGCCGCCGUCCGUGAUGAUUCGAAAGCACGUCCACGGACGGCAGAGCAUGGUCACAACGCUCGUCGCACUCCAAGUGUCGCUUGGGCACCUGCAGCAAGAGCACUUGGAAGUGGCUAACUCGCUCCUCCGGCUCUGGCUCCAGGAAGUGCCGCUGCUCUGCCUCAACAUUUACUAUGUGUUUGCGGCCGAUAGCAGCGUGCAACAUACCUCGAUCGUCGUCGCUUGCUGCGUCGACUUUGUCGCCCUCGGGUUCAAGACCCACCUCGUCCACCGCCUCACCGAGCUCUACGUGGCGCAACGCGGCGUGCACUUUGAUAUUCAAAUGGCCAAGCUCGAGUCCAAACAGCGCCGGUCGUCGUAUACAUAG